AUGAUAUCUAUAUAUCUAUAUGUGAUACAUGGCAGUACUGUUCCUUCAGACAUUUUAAAUUGCCUCUCUUCAUUCGACAUCCCCUCUCUCUUUAUCCCUGUUUCUCUCUCCCCUCCCUCCCUCCCUCUCUCUCUCUCUCUCUCUCGCUCUCUCUCUGAAGACUGUCAUAGCACUCGGCGUGUCAUCUUGUUUGCGUCAUUGCCAUUUUUUUUUCUUUCUGGCUACUUCCGGGUUCCUUCCUACGAAUAUCCGACUUUGGAAUUACCAUCCCUUUUCUCUCGCUCCUAUUCGACAUUCUCCGGUGAAUUCCUCGUCGUCUGUAUUUUCCGUCCGCUUAUUCGAAUCAGUCUCUCUUCCCCUGUGUCUUUUUCUAUCUCAUUUCCAUUGCAUCGUCUUUUCCUGACGCUUGAAAUUCUUGAUCGAUACCUCCCUCUUUGCUUGGAGAGAAAAAAAGACGGAAAGAAAGAGAAAAAAAAAGGGAAUCCUGAUGAGACUUGUCUGAGGAGUUGUGGUGGUGGUGGGGGGACUAUCCACCUUCCAAAGAUACAUUGUUCCAAACACUUUCAUCUGUUGAAUAUUCGUGUUCGCGUGUGUAAUGCUUCUUGUGCCGUCCUCCUGCGAUGUGCAAGACUUCAGACGAAAUCUCCCGCCCAAGAUGCCAACACCCUGUUUCCUCCUUCGAAAACAAUUAACAACAUCUAUCACGACAUACACACAACUCGACGCAGGCAGAUCUGUUCUUAUCUAUCUAUCUAUCUAUCUAUCUAUCUGUUGAUCUCACACUCUCAAUACUGCUCAUUAUCUUUAUCUAUCUAUCUAUCUAACUAUCUAUCUAUCUCUCUCUCUCUCUCUCUCUCUCUCUCUCUAUAUAUAUAUAUAUAUAUAUAUAUCUCGGUUUCUUGUGAACUCUCUCUCACAAUGUUUCUAUCUAUCUAUCUAUCUAUCUAUCUAUCUAUCUAUCUAUAA